GCAGUAGCCGGCGCCAUGUCGGUGGUGGGCAUAGACCUGGGCUUUCAGAGCUGCUAUGUCGCUGUGGCCCGCGCCGGCAGCAUCGAGACGAUCGCUAACGAGUAUAGCGACCGCUGCACGCCGGCUUGUGUUUCUUUUGGUCCUAAGAAUCAUUCAGUUGGAGCAGCAGCUAAGAGCCAGGUUAUUUCCAAUGCCAAGAACACAAUUCAAGGCUUUAAAAGAUUUCAUGGGCGUGCAUUCUCUGAUCCAUUUGUGGAGGCAGAAAAAGCUAAUCUUGCAUAUGAUGUUGUGCAGUUGCCCACUGGAUUAACGGGCAUAAAGGUUACAUACAUGGAAGAGGAGCGGAAUUUUACCACCGAGCAAGUGACUGCUAUGCUUUUGUCCAAACUGAAGGAGACAGCAGAAAGUGUUCUUAAGAAGCCUGUGGUAGACUGUGUUGUUCAUUCAGUUCCUUGCUUCUAUACUGAUGCAGAACGCCGGUCAGUGAUGGAUGCCACACAGAUUGCUGGUCUCAAUUGCCUGCGGUUAAUGAAUGAAACAACUGCAGUUGCCCUUGCAUAUGGAAUCUAUAAACAAGAUCUUCCUGCCUUAGAGGAGAAACCAAGAAAUGUAGUUUUUGUAGACAUGGGACAUUCUGCUUAUCAAGUUUCCGUGUGUGCAUUUAAUAGAGGAAAACUGAAAGUUUUGGCGACAGCUUUUGAUACAACACUGGGAGGCAGAAAAUUUGAUGAGGUGUUAGUAAAUCACUUCUGUGAAGAAUUUGGAAAGAAAUACAAGCUAGACAUAAAAUCUAAAGUCCGUGCUUUAUUACGACUGUCUCAAGAGUGUGAGAAACUCAAGAAAUUGAUGAGUGCGAAUGCUUCAGACCUCCCUUUGAGCAUUGAAUGUUUUAUGAAUGAUAUUGAUGUAUCCGGAACUAUGAAUAGAGGCAAAUUUCUGGAGAUGUGUGAUGAUCUCUUAGCAAGAGUGGAGCCACCACUUUGUAGUGUCUUGGAACAAUUCAAGUUAAAGAGAGAAGAUAUUUAUGCAGUGGAGAUAGUUGGUGGUGCCACACGAAUUCCUGCAGUGAAAGAGAAGAUCAGCAAAUUUUUUGGUAAAGAACUUAGUACAACAUUAAAUGCAGACAAAGCUGUUACUCGAGGCUGUGCCCUGCAGUGUGCAAUCUUAUCACCUGCUUUCAAAGUGAGAGAAUUUUCUAUCACUGAUGUCGUGGCAUAUCCAAUAUCUUUGAGAUGGAAUUCUCCCGCUGAAGAAGGGUCAAGUGACUGUAAAGUCUUCCCCAAAAAUCAUGCUGCUCCUUUCUCCAAAGUCCUCACCUUUUAUAGAAAGGAACCUUUCACCGAGGCCUACUAUAGCUCUCCUCAGGAUUUGACCUAUGCAGAUCCUGCUAUCGCUCAGUUUUCAGUUCAGAAAGUCACUUCACAGUCUGAUGGCUCCAGCUCAAAAGUGAAGGUCAAGGUUCGGGUAAAUGUCCAUAGCAUUUUCAGUGUGUCCAGUGCGUCCUUAGUAGAAGUGCACAAGUCCGAGGAAAAUGAGGAGCCGAUGGAGACUGAUCAGAAUGCAAAGGAAGAAGAGAAGAUUCAAGUGGACCAGGAGGAACCACACACUAAAGAGCAGCAGCCACAAACACCAGCAGAAAACAAGGCGGAGUCUGAGGAAAUGGAGACGUCUCAAGCUGGAUCAAAAGAUAAAAAGACGGACCAACCACCUCAAGCCAAGAAGGCAAAAGUGAAGACCAGCACUGUGGACCUGCCCAUCAAGAGCCAACUCCUGUGGCAGCUGGACCGAGAGAUGGUUGGCCUGUAUACAGAGAACGAGGGUAAGAUGAUCAUGCAGGAUAAACUGGAGAAGGAACGGAACGAUGCCAAGAACGCGGUGGAAGAAUAUGUGUACGAGAUGAGAGAUAAACUUAGUGGUGACUAUGAGAAGUUUGUGAGUGAAGAUGAUCAUAAUAGUUUUACCUUAAAAUUAGAGGAUACUGAAAAUUGGUUGUAUGAAGAUGGAGAAGACCAACCAAAGCAAGUUUAUGUAGACAAAUUGGCUGAAUUAAAAAAUCUAGGUCAGCCUAUUAAGACACGGUUCCAGGAAUCUGAAGAAAGACCAAAGUUAUUUGAAGAACUAGGGAAGCAAAUCCAACAGUAUAUGAAAGUGAUCAGCUCUUUCAAAAACAAGGAGGACCAGUAUGAGCACUUGGAUGCUGCCGACAUGACGAAGGUAGAGAAGAGCACCAACGAGGUGAUGGAGUGGAUGAAUAACAAGCUGAACCUGCAGAACAAGCAGAGCCUGACACUGGAUCCAGUUGUCAAGACAAAGGAGAUUGAAGCUAAAGUUAAGGAGCUGACGAGUAUUUGCAGUCCUAUAAUUUCAAAGCCCAAACCCAAGGUGGAACCCCCAAAGGAGGAGCCAAAACACGCUGAGCAGAAUGGACCAGUGGACGCAGGAGAUAACCCAGGCCCCCAGGCGGCCGAGCAGGGUGCAGACACAGCUGUGCCUUCUGAUGCAGACAAGAAGCUUCCUAAGAUGAACAUUGAUUGAUUCCAACAUUUGUUU